AUCGUACCCAGGUAGCUUUCUCGACCCAGGGCCAACGAGAUCUCGCUUGUGGCUGUCUUCCUCUCUCCUCCUCUGUCUCCUAGCAAAUUUUCUGGGCGCCUCAUCUUGUCUGCCUCUUUUGUAGCCAUAGCCCUAGGAUAACGUAGGUGUCACUUGUGUCUGCUAUCUCCCCUUUCUCCUGGCCGAACCUUGCCGCUGUUAGCAACUUCGCGGUCCGCAACAAAAGUUUGAAAGGCAAGACGAGACUUUGGGCACGCUUGUGAAUGAUCCCAAGUGACUCGUUGCAAGCUCAGUCGAAAAUCUUAAAUCCGAGUUCCCCACCCGGAAAGCUUCCAUCCAGUGCCAGUGGUUGCUACUUGCACGCAGAGCUCCAAUUGCAUUGCGAGGAAGGCUUCAGCGUGUUCCCUGUCUCCCCUCACGGCAGCUAUAGAUUUCCACAUGGCCGAGUUGAUAGGGGAGGGCCGCCCCCCUGAGGAAGACUUUAUCGUCUCGGUGGCAAAUGGGCCCGGCUUUGAGGACCAAGAACCUUUUGGAGGUGGGCAGGAAGGGCACGACGGGGGCGGGGAUGAGGGGGACGAUGACACAUUUUUCACGGAACGGCGCCUCAAGACGCUGCUGCGGAAAGAGCAGGAGAUGGACAAGCAGAAGGUUGGAGCGAGCCGGGGGCCGCAGAAGUGGGUGCUCAUCCGGGAGGCGUGCGUGAAGGAGGACCGCAGCUUUGAGCAGAAGACGCCGGUGCAGCUGGCGGAGGGCUUUAGGAACAGAAAGAAAAAGUGCUUGCGCUACACGCACGCCCUGGAGGCAGCAGGGGGCGGCCAGCCGACGACCGCGUCAGGUCUGCAGAUGAAGAAGCCGGCAUACUACGACCUCUUCCUUAGCUACGGGCACAUCAGCCAUGACCACAUCCAGGGGGCUUCAAAACCCAUGGUCCUUCCAAUGGGGGUUAACCGGGGAAACGGCAAGCGGAAAUCUACAGGCGACAUCGGGGGCGGGGGCAAGUUGCCACGGCUUGGGGGUGGGGAGAUCACCGAUGCGCAGCUGCGGCAGUUCGUGAUGCAGAGUCGGGAAGAGGUGGUGCAGCUCCGGCGAGACAUGGCGCAGGAGCGGGCCGAGCAUAGCCGUCAGCUCGGGGAGGUAACCCAGGAACUGAGGACUCUGAGCGCCGUGCUGGUGCAGCAAGGAAAUGAGCUGAUACAGCAGGGCCGGCAGAUGCUGCUGCUUGUGCAGCGGCAGGGGGAUAACCUUAUGGGGGUGCUGGAGAAGUUGGGGAACCGCUACUGAGGCGGUCGUGCGGUGGUUUGUAUAGUAAGAUGCUUCAAAGAUUGUUGGUAUUGUAUGAAAUGGGACAACGGAAUGUUGGAAACCAUUUUCACAUCUUCGUUUAAUCCGUGCUUGCUUUUUGGGGUGAUUCUUGUGCUUUCGUUCUGCCGUCUUGAAGAGCAAGGUUGUCGUUAGCUGUCGUGUUUUGACCCUCGGCUUAUGUCUGAUUCGUCCUUUGUCG